AUGCAGUCCUCGCUCUUCGACUACAAUAAUCCCCACCGCAAUUCACACUCCGAAUCCGCACGACCCCAUACCGUUCACGCGCCGUCUUCGGGGUUCAGCUUCAUCGCCGAGGAAGAGGAGGGCUCAGAAGGAGACAUCACACCGCGUGCCUCUGCCGUCGCGCAAUUCGCCAACGCACAUCUCGAGGCCACGAGGAGGAGAUUGUCGCGCGAUGACACUGCCAACGACAUGCAUGUCUUGGCCGCCCAGGGAAUGGAUGCUCAAUUCGAACGCGGUGUUUCUCCACGCGAUGUCUCCAUGCAGGACACCCAGCGUGCACAAGCCUCGGUCAGGAGGCCAUUCUCAAGAGUUCCGAGCCAUGGCAGCUCAAUCGCUGGAUCCAGUGACAGCGCUCAAGGAGAGACGAAAUCGGCUUCCCUCGGCAGGCGAUUCUCCCGGCAUUAUCGAGAACGUGUCCACGAGCUCCGCGAAACCGUCAAGGCAUGUCAACUCCCGGUUGUAUCCUCUGGCCGAAGCAGGCGGUCCAGCACGCCGCAUAGGCUCGAGUUUGCUGCAGGUGCCGAGGCCAAGUGUGAUGCGUCCAGCAGACCACCCACGUCGCCCUCAAAACGCACCGCACGCCAGGGUGACGAUCGCCCCAGGAAACAUCGAGCACCGUGGCUUCUCGGCGACCGCAAAGACACACCAGCACCUGCAGCCAACGGCAUCCCAAUGAGACCUGCCUCCAGCCGAGUAACGCCCACGAUUCUUGCCGCACCAGGAGGAGAAGGCGCGAGAAAGGCAGCCGCACAACACAACCACACCUCUUCCGCCAUGCAAUGGAGCAACAUCAACUGGGGCCCAUUCGGUGUCGACGAUAUUCAUGAACGCAGAGGCCGCCUCGGCUCGUUAAGCAGUGCGGCAGAUUCUGGAGCAGACUUAUCUACCUACAGUGGUUCAGACACAUCCAUUCGUGACCGUGACGGCGACGUCGACAUGUCAGCAGACGUCCCCUCGUUGGAGGAGUCCUACACAACCGACUUCACCCGCUACUUGCCCGACGAAAUCGCCCUCCAGAUCUUUGAGUACCUCGAUGCCAGCGAUCUCCUCCGUGCCGAAAGCGUGAGCAAGAAAUGGAACAACAUGAUCAAGGAGCCUUCGGUGUGGAGGAACAUCUUCCUGGCCAAAUACCAGCGCGAGGUCAUGUCUGACCCUGCUCCAAUUCAAGUCGGUGGGCUGGGCAUUGGCAGACCGAACAAGCCCAACCAAGAAUGGCGCAAGAUGUACAAGGCACGUGUCGAGCUGGAGGAGAACUGGCGUGCCGGUCAAGACAACGCUGGCAAGGCCGUCUACCUCUCGGGUCACACCGACAGCGUGUACUGCUUGCAGUUCGACGAGGAGAAGAUCAUCACUGGAUCCCGUGAUCGCACCAUCCGCGUGUGGGACAUCAACACCUUCCAAUGCCUCAGGGUGAUUGGAGGACCCAAUGUAAGGCCACAGCUCGGACCUAAGGUGCUUCGAACGGUCGACUACCCGUCUUUCCACAUGGCAACCGCCAGCGUCAAUGGUACCACAUACGGCGACAGCAUCUACCAUAUCCCAACCCAAUGGCACGACGCCAGCAUCCUUUGCUUGCAGUACGACGAUGAGAUCCUGGUGACUGGAUCUUCGGAUUCAGACUUGCUGGUCUGGGAUAUCAAGACGUACGAGCCCAUCAGACGCCUGAGGAAGCACAGCGGCGGUGUUCUGGACGUUGCUCUUGACAAGAAGCACAUCGUAUCCUGCUCAAAGGACUCUCGCAUAAUCGUGUGGGAUCGUAGCACGUACGAGCCGAAGGGAGAGCUUACUGGGCACCGAGGUCCAGUGAAUGCCGUACAGCUACGAGGACAUCUACUGGUCAGCGCCAGUGGUGAUGGAAUUGCGAGGCUGUGGGAUCUUAAGCAGAUGAAGCUCAUCAAGGAAUUCAGCGCCAAGGAGCGAGGUCUCGCGGCUGUCGAGUUCUCCGAGGACAUGAAGCAUGUGCUUGCAGGAGGCAACGACAACAUCACCUACAAGUUCGAGACGGAGACUGGUCGGGAAGUUCUCCAGUUCACUGGUCACACCCAGCUGGUUCGAUCUCUAUGGCUGGACAGCGGCAACAAGCGAGUCGUGUCUGGUAGCUACGAUCUCGAUCUUCGAGUGUACGACUUUGAGACUGGCAAGGAGUUGUGGCGAGGCGAAGAGUGGACCACAAGCUGGAUGCUCGCAGCCAAGUCUGACUACCGCCGCAUCGUGGCUACCAGCCAGGAUGGUCGUAUUCUGAUUGUCGACUUUGGUAUCCUCAAAGGUGCUCCUAACUGGUCUUCCAGAGACGGCAACCCGAUCGAGAACAUCGAGCUUCUUCGUGGUAUCGAGAACACGAAUGAGAUUAGAUUCACCAAUCCAUUCGACUCGAACAAGAGGGUGCUCACUCGCUCUUAG